AUGAAGGAGGAGCCGCUGGGCAGCGGCAUGAACCCGGUGCGCUCGUGGAUGCACACGGCAGGCGUGGUGGACGCCAACACGGCCGCCCAGAGGUACGUACCGGCCGCCCCCGCGCGCCUUGGCCCCGGCCCGGCCCGGCCCCCUCCUCCGGCCAGCGCCGCGCUGCUCACCGGGCCGCUGUCCCUUUCCUCCUGCAGCGGCGUGGGGCUGGCGCGGGCGCACUUCGAGAAGCAGCCUCCUUCCAACCUCCGGAAAUCCAAUUUCUUCCACUUCGUGUUGGCGCUCUACGACAGGCAGGGGCAGCCGGUGGAGAUCGAAAGGACCGCUUUUGUGGACUUUGUGGAGAAAGAGAAAGAACCGAACAACGAGAAAACCAACAACGGCAUUCACUACAAGCUGCAGCUACUGUACAGCAAUGGCGUCAGAACAGAGCAAGAUCUGUAUGUCCGACUCAUAGAUUCAAUGACCAAACAGGCCAUCGUGUAUGAAGGCCAGGACAAGAAUCCGGAGAUGUGCCGCGUGCUGCUGACCCACGAGAUCAUGUGCAGCCGGUGCUGUGACAAGAAGAGUUGUGGUAAUAGAAACGAGACACCCUCAGACCCUGUAAUCAUUGACAGAUUCUUUCUAAAGUUCUUCCUCAAGUGCAAUCAGAACUGCUUGAAGAAUGCGGGCAACCCUCGGGACAUGCGAAGGUUCCAGGUCGUUGUAUCGACAACAGUCAACGUGGACGGCCACGUGCUGGCCGUGUCUGACAACAUGUUUGUGCACAACAAUUCCAAACACGGGAGGCGGGCCCGCCGCCUAGACCCGUCAGAAGCCACUCCGUGCAUCAAGGCCAUCAGCCCCAGUGAAGGCUGGACCACGGGGGGUGCCACUGUGAUCAUAAUCGGGGACAACUUCUUUGACGGUCUACAAGUUGUGUUCGGAACUAUGUUGGUGUGGAGUGAGCUGAUAACCCCCCACGCCAUCCGAGUGCAGACGCCGCCACGACACAUCCCUGGAGUUGUUGAAGUGACCCUCUCCUACAAGUCUAAGCAGUUCUGCAAAGGCGCUCCUGGACGCUUUGUCUACACUGUGGGUGUGCCCAUGGCCAGACCUGUCACCCAUGACGGUGGUCCCCGUCAGGUGUUUCAGGAUGCCCGUGUCCUCGUCACACCCAGCCCUCACCCCCAUAAUGGAUACAUUGGCUCUUAUGUCAAGUCACUUGUGUUGAAGGCUAGCAUGGGGCUGCACUCCCUUAAUGAGCCAACCAUAGAUUACGGCUUCCAGAGGUUGCAGAAAGUGAUACCCAGACAUCCAGGUGACCCUGAAAGGUUACCCAAGGAAGUGUUACUGAAGAGGGCAGCAGACCUUGUGGAAGCCUUGUAUGGGAUGCCUCACAACAACCAGGAGAUCAUCCUGAAGAGAGCGGCCGAUAUUGCCGAGGCAUUGUACAGCGUUCCCCGCAAUCACAACCAGAUCCCCACCUUGGGCAAUACUCCGGCACACACUGGCAUGAUGGGUGUGAACUCCUUCAGCAGUCAGCUAGCCGUUAAUGUGUCAGAGACCUCCCAAGCCAAUGACCAAGUCGGCUACAGUCGCAAUACAAGCAGCGUGUCCCCGCGAGGCUACGUCCCCAGCAGUACUCCCCAGCAGUCCAAUUACAACACAGUCAGCACUAGCAUGAAUGGAUAUGGAAGUGGCGCCAUGGCCAAUCUAGGGGUCCCUGGCUCGCCUGGAUUUCUUAAUGGCUCCUCCGCUAACUCUCCCUACGGCAUGAAACAGAAGAGCGCUUUUGCGCCCGUGGUCCGGCCCCAAGCCUCGCCUCCUCCUUCCUGCACCAGCGCCAACGGGAACGGACUGCAAGCUAUGUCUGGGCUGGUAGUCCCACCCAUGUGA